AGAAAUUCAAAUUCUGAAUGUCAAAUUCUAAUAUACAGACAACUGGCCUUGUGUAUGUUUUGUACUGUAUAUAUAUGUCAACUUCAUUCUAGGUUAGGUCGAGUCAGGUUAUGUGGAAAUUGUAAUUCGUAUUCUCACAUAACAUAUAGACAUUCUAGUGUGUCUAUAUAUGUCAACUUNAACUUCAUUCUAGGUUAGGUCGAGUCAGGUUAGGUCGAGUCAGGUUAGGUCGAGUCAGGUUAUGUGGAAAUUGUAAUUAUUACUGUGAGAUCCGCAAAAAAUUAGUGAGUGAUUUUCGAGAAAUACUUGAUAUUCUCAAAAUCGAUCCCUUGAAGCGCCAGAAAAAUCUAAAAACUGCUUGUGUUCAGUUUCUUCAAACGUUCAAUGCUGCUUGUUUACUGAGUAAUGUAACACCGUAUCUUCAUAUAGUUGGAAAUCAUUUGUACGAGUUUGACGAGAAAGAAGAUUUAGGAGCUUUUAAUAUGCAAGGGGUUGAGAAGGGAAAUGACCUUUUGUCCCGGUUAUACUUUUCUUCAACAAAUGCAGCAAAAAGACCGUUGUAUACUAUGAUGCAAAAGUUAUAUCGCAUGCUAGAAAUGGAGUGGAGCACAGAAGAGCGAGAAAAAAGAGAAAUUUUUAUGAACACACAUGUGUACGAUAUCGAAGAUGAUGAUUUUAUAGUACUUCCAGAUGCGAAUGUUCAAAAUAACGAGGAUUUAGGAAUAGAUUAUGACAUUAUUACUUCUGGAAGCAAUGACUCAAGCUCAGAUGCGAAUAUGCAACGACGUCGUCCACAACAUACUCUCCAAUUUUAUCAACAAUUAAAUAACAUUAUUUUAAUAACUGAUAUACCAAAACCUUUUAUUUGUGCACAACUAACUCCUUUGGCGUAA